AUGUCUCAGAUGACUGCCCCUGAAAUCCCCCUGGCUUGCCCUGACAGAGACAGCGCGGGUUGUUUGGUGGCGGGGGUGCUGAUUCUCGGCUACCGCCGUCUGAACUCCGAAACGGUUCCGGGGCCCGGCCGCCGGACCGCCGAGAAAACACGGGGACAUUCAGUGAUCUUCAGGGUUGACGGCGUCACGGUUUCAGAUCGCUACCCCUGGGGCCUGUGGGUGCGCGGGACACAACAACAACAACAACAGACAGUAGUGUACCGCGGUACACUACUCUCGUGUAGGUCUGGGGUCCUCGAGGGCCGGCACGACCGGGCGUCCCGCGACUGCAUCGGGACCCUAUGUCGUCCGAACCCGGGUCUGUCUGAGGAUCGAGUUCGAGACGGGGAAGCUCGCGGCACAGGGCGCAGUGCACACCUGGGGUAUACGGCGACCACGCGACACAACAAAUGCAGGAACGAGUCGCGUGCCCCGCUUGUACUGCGUAAGCUGUCGGUCGCUUCAUCCCGUCCUGGCAGUGUUUGGAGGCAGGUCCAGACAGGAAACGGUUCCUUCGUUCAGGAUCCUGUCGGCGUUGGCGCUGUGCUUACUGCGUGCGCGGUGCGGAUAUGCUACACGCGGUACGCGCGCCCAAGGGGACAUAGCUCAGCGGUGUGGUUGCACAACCUUAAUCCGCCAAAAUAUCAGAUGCCGCCGUCGCCGAAACAGGCCAUACAAGGGACCUCGCCCCAUUACGCAGAGCUCGGGCAUAACUAUCAGAUGCAAAUCGUGGCGUCUUAA